AUGGAAACGAGUUUUAUUGCAUGGAUUUUCAUCCUCUUAUGUGCCCAACUACUCCUAUCAAGCCUGGCUCUUGAAAAUUCCCAGAAAUUCGAGCAAGAAAAUCAUAGCACUAGCAGAGUCAACUAUCAUGCAGAUGCUCAUGGAAAAGAAUUUGUAGCGGAACAUCACAUAAUCUGGACAGAAAAGGGACAGAAGGGGAGAGGAUCUGGUGGUUUUGCAAAUGUGGUUCCUCGUCGACCCCAAAAAAAUGCAUCAGCACUAUUAUACAAGCCUUCGUUGAUCAUUUUUACAACAUUUUUAUCUCUUACCUUCAUUUUUGCCUGA